AUGUUACCCAGCAAGUACUACACUACUGGAUGCAGCCAUAUUAGAAAACGGAAGCCGAAGAAGACCCCACUAAGAAAUUUCUUCGCUUUAAGAAAAACGCAUGGUUCCACACUCACUGGUUGUGGUGUUAUGAGUGACAAGGUUGAUGAAAGUGACAGUAGUGUAAUGGAAGAAAAAAGUACGGAAACAGAUCCUCGCUUUCUUCUUAAUGACGUAUUAAACAGUCUUUAUGACUUUGGAGAUCCGCUGAAUGACAACAUAAGUAAUAGUAACAAAAAUGUAAAGAAGAAAAAGAAAAAAAACAAGAACUUAAAGAAAACACUGAGUAAGGGUAAAGGUGUUGAUGCUAACAGUAAGACAGUAAAUGCUGAGAAGACUGCAUUAGCUGGAAAAGCGAAGAGUAAAAUUGCAUCCAGAUUCUUUCAUAAAUUUAAGGAAGAAUUUCUCCAGCAGUGUGAUUCUGAUGAUGAGGUUGAGGAUGGGGAAGCAGUUGUCAUGGAUACUUAUGUCACACAGUCAUCCAGACAGUUGCCACUUGAAAACCAACCUGUGGAAGUAGUUCAAUUUCUUAAUACGUUUGGGCAAAAGAAAAACACAUCAGGAACAAACUCAGAAUACGUUUCCAAGAUAAAAGAAAGUAAUGAGAAUCAGAAAAGGAGCACGCAGGAAUUCAACUUUGAAAAGGCACGUCUAGAAGUACAUAGAUUUGGCAUCACAGCAUACAGAAAGGAAGACCAGAGAGUACUUGAGCAGGAACGAGCAAUCAUGCUUGGUGCUAAGCCUCCCAAAAGAGAACAUGUAAACUACAAGAUGUAUCAGGAAAUUGCCAAGCAGAAGAAAAAGGCAGAUCGUGAAAAAUGUGAUGUGGAAAUUAAAUCUGAGCUGCCUAAGAAGAGAAAAACAAGCGAUCAGGAAGGACGGAAAACAAAAAAGAAAAAAUCAGCUGCAGCAUCAGAAAGUGGUCUAAUGGGUCGGUUCAGAAAUGGAACUCUAAUCCUUAGUGGCAAAGAAAUCAAGAAAAUUCAGACUUCCAAAAUGAGAAAAUGAUGUAUGCAGCAAACAUCUUCAGAGUUUGCUGACUGAAAGCUUUCAAGUGCCAGAAACCAUUUUGAUCUGCUGAAGCAGUGGCCAUGAUGUGAUCCAUGAUACAUCUAUAUGGAAUUCUGCUAUGGAUUUCAAUAUGUAAUCCUGGAGCAGAGAAGCUUCAUACAUUGCAGUACUUUUAAAGUGGUCUUGCAUAUGAACAGAAAAUGUAAACAGUAAUACUAUGUUUUGUAACAGAAUGCCAGAAAUGGCUUUUGAACAUGUAAUUAUGUAUUUAUAUAGGGAAUUGUGUGUGCACUUGUAUGUAUAUCGUGUGUGUGUGUGUGUGUGUG